GAUCAGGCGGCGCGGCGGGCAGCCCCGCGGCGGGCGGGGCGCUAGACCGCGGGGUCCUUCCGCGCUCGCCCUGCUUCCUCUCGGAGCGGACACGGCAAAUGGCGGACUUCGAUACCUACGACGACCGGGCCUACAGCAGCUUCGGCGGCGGCAGGGGGUCCCGCGGCAGUGCUGGCGGCCAUGGCUCCCGCAGCCAGAAGGAGCUGCCCACGGAGCCCCCGUACACGGCCUAUGUGGGCAACCUGCCCUUCAACACGGUCCAGGGCGACAUCGACGCCAUCUUCAAGGACCUCAGCAUCCGCAGCGUGCGGCUCGUCAGAGACAAGGACACAGACAAAUUUAAAGGAUUCUGCUAUGUAGAAUUCGAUGAGGUGGAUUCCCUUAAGGAAGCCUUGACGUAUGAUGGUGCACUGCUAGGCGACCGGUCACUUCGUGUGGACAUUGCAGAAGGCAGGAAACAAGAUAAAGGUGGCUUUGGAUUCAGGAAAGGUGGACCAGACGACAGAGGCUUCCGGGAUGACUUUCUGGGAGGCAGGGGAGGAAGCCGCCCGGGUGACCGACGAACAGGGCCUCCCAUGGGCAGUCGCUUUCGAGACGGCCCCCCACUCCGGGGCUCCAACAUGGACUUCAGGGAGCCCACAGAAGAGGAACGAGCGCAGAGACCACGACUCCAGCUUAAACCUCGGACAGUCGCGACGCCCCUCAACCAAGUAGCCAACCCCAACUCGGCCAUCUUCGGGGGGGCCCGGCCCAGAGAGGAAGUCGUCCAGAAGGAGCAAGAAUGAGCUCGUGGGCGGGAGGGAGCGGGGUGCAGGGGGAGUCGAGCAAGACCACGGCCUGGCUCUCCCCGGAGCGGUGGCCCCGCGGCUGCCGGUCCUGCACCCGACCUUUGCCCUCCCUUCUUACACCGGAAACACGGCUCGUGAGUGCAUGUCAGCAGUGAGCAGGUGGUUCCGGCACACCCUCGGCCUCCUGCACCCCGGUACCUGCCGUCUGCUCCCUCUCCCGCCUCUCUCCCUUUCCCCCUCCCUUCCCUCCCUCCCUCCCCCCCUCCCUCUGCCCCUGUCCUUUGUCCUCCCAGCGCCCAGAGCUUCUCUGCGGGAGAGGGUGGCCGCGGUGCAGCCUGCGGCGCCUCCCCCUGUGCUUUCCUUUCCCUGCCCCUGGGAGACCCUGGGAGACCCCGGUCGCCCCGUCUUCACCGCGCCUCCUCUGCCUGCACGCGGAGUUCUGCAUUGCUGUGGCUUCCCAGAGGGCACCAGGCUGGGGUCCCGGGCUGGCGCCUCUCCACGACUGGCCGCCCUCCCGGGCCGGGUCCCUUGUUCCCAGAACAAGGAGAAGGUGUCUGUGGCCCCUGCGAGUGUCGCCCUGCCCCUUUCUGUCCUAUCCCCACUGCCCUGGCAGAGGGAUGGGCCGAGCAGAGUGCCCCCCACACAGGAGGGGUGGGGGGCGGGGGACGUGGCACAGUGCUCAGGCCCUUCGGCUUCUGUGUGGCCACAGGGUGCCUGGGCACCGCGUCCAGACUCGUCCUGCAGCUGCCCAGUGCUCGGGGGGCACGGCUGAGUGAGGGUGCAGACCAGGGUCUGUCGUCUGUCUGUCUGUCCCUGCGCACGCGGGGCUCUGCCCCUGCCCAGCUGGCCGGCCCCGCAGUCGGCGGGCUGGGGGCAGUGAGUGGUCGACUCCCGGCUGUGUCCCCCCUGCCAGUGGCCAGGAGGCUCGGCAGCUGCUUUUCUGAGUGACACAUGGGGUGAACCGGGGCAGUGUCCUGGGGCCCUGGCAGGAGCCCAGCCCGAGGGCAGCAGGCGCGGGGGGGUGUGGUGCGGGGGUGCAGCCCCCCUCCCGCUGUCUGUCUCAAGUCCCAGCAAUGUACAGAACUCCCCCUCCUCCCCCCUACCUGUCAUCUCUGCUUCUGAAAUUAAGAACCAUUCGUGUAACACCAGUGCUUAACUUAAGAGAGACAUGCAUUGUGUGGUCGCGUCACCGAUGCUUCAGAUGACCUACUUACAUCUCCAAUGCGGAAAGAUAAGAACAAACCAAUUCAUCGCCACUCUGGGCAGACUUUCCAUGUAAGAAUGGGAUUCCAAACACUUACACAUUCAGCUCUAUGACAGAAAGAAAUCUAUGGAUAUGGUAUUUUGUGAAUGAUCUUUUAAAUAAAAGAAAACCUUACGUAAUA